AUGUGGACUCUCUUUGCCAAAGCACUAAGAUAUUCCUCCUCCUCUGCUACAGCAACUGUUACCUCAACAGCUUCCAACUUCAUCUCUUCGCAACUCCCUCUUUCCAAACACCACCCACUGACUGGGCACAGUCUGACACCUCAACAAAUUGGAUAAAAGGGAGAAGGUUCCUUCAGCCCUUGAGGAAAACCUGUGGUGCAUAUCACUCGUGCCUUUUCAAAACGUCCAGGAGCAAAGCCCAGAAGGCAUUAUGAGCCAGACACCUGGUCCUCUGAAGGCUGUUGGAGUUGAUUUCCUCCGAAAAGAGAAUGUCUCUCUCCAUCGUACCUGUGACUAUGACAACACCAGCCUGGUUGUACGACGGGGACAGCUGUUCACAAUCAAGAUGCUUUUUAACAGACUGCUGAAUGAUAGUGACAAUGUCAUCCUGCAGCUCAGUACUGGUGAUAAACCAAUAGAGUCCAAUGGAACUUUGAUGCGGUUGAAUACCAGGUCCGAGCAAAGUAAUCAACAAUCACAGUUGAAAACCAGGUCCAGGUUGAAUACCAGGUCUCAGCAAAGUAAUCAACCAUGGCAUGCGAAAAUCUGUGAAACAAAUGGGAAGGAGUGCCUGAUUGCUGUAACCAGUCCAGCAGAUGCCAUUAUUGGAAAAUACGCUCUGAAGGUGGACACCGGGGCUAACAUUUAUAGCUGUGAUAAGCAUUUCUACCUAUUGUUCAACCCUUGGUGUGAAGCGGAUUCUGUUUUCUUGCCUGAUGAUGAUCAAAGAACUGAGUAUGUGCUCAAUGAUUCUGGCUAUAUCUAUGUCGGAUCAACAAAAAGUAUUCGGGGAAGGCCUUGGAAUUUUGGACAGUUUGAGAAAGACAUCCUGGAUUGCUGCAUGUACCUUCUGGACAAGAGCCAGCUUAAGCCAAAUGCUAGAAAAGAUCCUGUCAUCAUCUCCCGGACCAUGUCAGCUUUGGUUAACUCUCAGGAUGAUCGUGGAGUGCUCUUUGCAAGCUGGUCAGGAAAAUAUUCAAGUGGUACUUCUCCUCUGGCCUGGACGGGAAGUGUGCCAAUUUUGCAACAGUAUUACAAAACCCAAAAAAGUGUCAUGUUUGGCCAGUGCUGGGUUUUCUCUGGAGUGCUUACCACAGUUAUGCGUUGUUUGGGGAUUCCAGCCAGAAGUGUGACCAAUUUCGCAUCAGCACAUGAUACAGAAGAAAAUCUGAAAGUGGAUAUCUUCUUGAAUGAAAAGGGAGAAAAACUGAGCAAUCUAACAAACGACUCAGUUUGGAACUUCCAUGUGUGGAAUGAUGUCUGGAUGAAAAGGCCAGAUCUGCCCAAGGGCUUUGACGGCUGGCAGGCGAUUGAUGCCACACCUCAGGAAAUUAGCCAAGGUAUUUACCAGUGUGGCCCUACUCCAAUAAGUGCAAUCAAAAAGGGAGAAGUCUAUCUUCCCUAUGACUCUAAGUUUGUGUUUGCUGAAGUAAAUGCAGACAAGGUCUACUGGAUUGUAAAGAAUGAGGGGGGCGAAGAAAAAUACAUCAAGCAGCGUGAAGAAACCAAGGUGAUAGGGAAGAGCAUCAGCACCAAAGCCGUUGGGAAGAACGUCCGGGAAGACAUCACUGAUCAAUACAAAUAUCCAGAAGAAUCUCCCGAGGAAAGGAAAGCUGUGGAAACUGCUUGCUGCUAUCUUCAGUCUUGCAAUCUGGGCACCAUGGAAGACCCGUCUUCCCAGGAGUCCAUCAAGGCUAAUUUGACUCUUGGGACGGAAGGGGACCAAGCACUAUGGCCUGGGCAACCCAUUGAGCUGACUAUUGUUGUAAGGAACGAUUCUCUGGGUACAUGGACCGUCAACUUUGCUGCCUCUUGCCAACUGGAAUCAUACACUGGGAACGUAGAAGCAAGCCUUGCGACCGUGAAGGAGACAAUCAAAACAGAAGGCAAGCCAGUUAUUGAGAUCCCUCUGAAAAUAGCACCUGAUGCUUACAUGAAAACAUUGAUGGCCAUAGAGGACGAACUUCUAGUCAAGAUCAAUAUUAUUGCUGAUGUUCAAGAAACAAAUGAGAAGUUAAUGGAAGAACUGUAUUUCAACUUUGAGUACCCCCCACUCAAAGUAGAGAUGGCAGAAAGUGCAAAGGUCAAUGAAGAUUUUACCUGUGCAUUCAUUUUCAAGAACACAUUGUCCAUUCCCCUGGAAAAAUGCAAACUCCAUGUUGAAGGCCUGGGUCUCUUUACGAUGGAAACAUUUGAUCAAGGGGACUUAGAACCUGGACGAAUAUUUAAAUGCAAAAUAGUGUGUGCACCAAGGAAGACUGGGCUGAAGAAGAUUGUGGCCAAGCUGACAUCCAACCAGAUAAAAGGGAUAACAGAGGAAAAGAUGAUCUGCAUUACCAAGUAGAGCAUUCCCAAGUUCUGUCAUAUGGUGUCAUGGCUGUAUUUCUUUGACACUGCUUGUAGCAUUGCUUGCACAGACAAAAUGUUUAAACUGUGAUAACUGAAGUGACUUAAGCAUAUAGCUGUUUUGAUUUCAACUAUUAAGAAUGUUAUAGAGAUCAUUAAAAUGUUUCUUGCAUGUUUAAGAGAUCUGAAAACUUAUGGUGACCAAAAUGUGAUUUGUGAAAACUGGAGUAAAUUGUGUACUUCUCCAAAUAUUGUCAGACUGCAACUCUCAGUGAUCGUUGUCAAGAUAGGAGCCACAGUGGCACAAUGGGUUGAACCUUUGUGUCGGCUGAACUUCUGACCUGAAGACCUGAAGGUCAGCGGUUCGAAACCACAAGGCAGGAUGAGCUCCUGUCUGUCAGCCCCAGCUUCCCAUGCAGGGACAUGAGAGAAGCCUCCCACAGGAUGGUAACACAUCCAGGCGUCCCCUGAGAAACAUCUUUGCAGACAGCCAGUUCUCUCACACCAGAAGUGACUUGCAGUACAGUCUCAAUUCGCUUUUGACAUGAUAAAAAAAAAUGUCAGGUUAACCA